AUGUACAACCCAUUCACAUCCAUAAGACCUCAGGAAUCUCUCUUUCAGACAGAAGAAACCACGUUGCUCUUGCGGCCUGACCUUGCCAAAUGUGGCUCACUUCUUUUGCGGAUACCUCCUGAAAUCCUUCUCCUUAUUCUUGAAUAUCUGGCACCUUCCGACCUGAUUCGGUUCUUCUGUACGAGCAAAUGGGCAUUGUCCUUUGUCGAUUUGUUUUGUCGCUCAAACCCGUUUCAUUUCUAUCGAUGUGAUCUUAACGUCGCCGGUGAUAUGGGAGAUAAACGUAUUCUGAUAAUUGCGCUUUCGACAUGGCCUCAAUUCCCCGAAUUGGACACAAGAUGGCAAGUUGUGAGGGAAGCAGCAGAACUAGCUAAAUUAGUCCCUUUUAUGGACCAAAAAGGCACAGCUGCACAGACAUUUGACCCGCGAGCUCCUCUUCAGCUCUUCAACCAUAAUUUUGGGCUAUAUGAAGACAUCCUAGACAUUCCACUCAACGCCAAAAGUAUUACUAUUUACAGGAUACGACUCAGAGGCAGACAUUAUGUAUGUGGGAUUGGAUUUGAUACUGGACAGUCAAGUUUAUUCAUUGGCAACAUCACUACAAACUUCUAUACUAAAACUGUUCCCAGUACCGCAGCUGAAACAAUUGGGAUUGCUGUAGAUGCCCUGGGACUUAGAAGUAUUAACUAUGGUGCUUGUCAGCCAUGCUUUGGUAAUCUGGAAUCUAUUGAUUAUUGGGAAGGGCUCAGUGCACUCAAAUUUCGGGAUCUCAGCUGGCAUCAUAAGACCCCGCUGUUUGAAGAAACCAUUUUGAUGAAAAAUAGGCAUCCAUCCCUAUCUGGCCAUGGCUUUAUUUCUAAAGAGUACUACGUGCAGCAACAUCCCGAACAAGAAAGACAAUUAGUGAACAAAUUUGGCAAACUACCAGUAGAAACUAUGCGGUUUGAUGAAGAUCUGAAAACCAUCAAGAUCUACACUGGUGAUGGUUUUGGAGGGAUAACUGGGCUUUGUAACUCUCGCACUGUCCACACAUGA